CGUCGACGGAGCCGCCGAGGGACUCUGCUUCGCUUGCAUUCGGUCGGUCGGUCGGUCGGUUGGUCGGGGCCAUGGUGAAGCUGGCGACGGCGAGGGAGGCGCGGCUGUACGGGCCGGCGCUGGCGGUGCGGCGGUGGGAGUACAUCAACGCCGGCGCGUACAUGUUCGGGACCCUGCUCCUGGCCGCGGGGCUCGCGGCGCUGUGCGCGUCCGAGGGCGGCGUCGGCGCCAGGGACGCCGGGCUCGCCGUGGCCGGCGUGGCGCUGGCCGUGGUGGCGGCCGUGAACGCGCACGACCUGGGCGCGCACCUCGCCGGCGUGGACUGCCGCGUCGGGCUCGCCCGGUUCGACCCCCAGCUCGGCCUCGUCGAGUUCCUCGCGCCCGCGCUCCACGCCGCCGGCUGCGUCCUCGCCAUCGUCGGCCUCGCGCUGCAGCUCUUCUCACAGGGCGACAGGCUAGAGAGGCGCGCGGCGGACGCGCUGCUGGCGGGCGCGGCGCUCUGGCUGCUGGGCUCCGUGCUCAGCUCGUGCCAGGUCUACGAGCGCGCCGACGGCCGCGCGCAGCUGCUGCAGUCCAGCGUGCAGGUGCCCGUCCUCCUCGGCAGCCUGCUCUUCCUCGUCGCCGCCGUCCUCCACCGCCGCCGUGAGCCCGCCCUGGCAGGCGAGAGGGAAAGCGAGAGCGAGAGGUGGAUUAGCCUGUGCGGGAGCGUGCUGUGGGUGGCGGGCGCACUGUUCAACGCGCUCAAGGUGUUCGUGAUGCACCAGAGCGACGCGCCGCGGCUCGAGAAGCUCCGCGGCGGCGCGCAGGAGCGGCUCGCCCGGGACCGUGAGGGCCGCGUGCCGCUGGUGUGGAGGUCGGCGGCGCCGCCCACCGAGCUGCGCUGACAGUCCUGGAGCCCAAGCCCAAGCCGGCGGCUCAAGAUGGUAAUUAAGGAGGCUAGUGCACCAAGAUAUACCAGUGCGGCCGGCGCCAGAGAAACUAUACUCUAGUAUAUGUCUAGCAGACUUCUCCGCUGUUUCUUCUCUUCUUGUCUGGCAUUAGUAUAGUGUAAGAACUUUUAGCCCCUUUUCAAUGGAAAAAUUAAGAACUCCAUGUUUCAAACAGAAAUUUCGUACAAUUAACAUGGACCCGGAGGGAGUAAUAACUUUUUUUAGAGAAAUGUUUCUUCAUACCGUUUUGUAGAACUCAUCUAGAUGAUGAGAUAUAAUUUGGUCCCAUUCACCUUUUAUAGUCAUUGAAUGUGAUGCUAUAAGACGCGUGUGUACUGA